AAAUCAAAUGUUGCGCGCGCAGCUUCGCGCAACCCACCGCAGUUGUCGGUAAAACAGAUAUCGCACGUCGAUGAUAAAACUCUUGGUCGACGAGACGAUUUCGAGACAAUAUUUAUAUAAAUAAUUGUAACAAUAAAAUGUAUGUGCGAUUAGCAUAUUCGCUUUCAUUAAUACCGAUGUGCUGUUUUACGUAGAACUUUGCAAUCGUACUUCACUUCAUUUUAAAUUAAAACAAAUUUCUUCGUGCUGAUAUCUUCACCAUGAGUAGAGACGUGAAAAAACGACAAGUCAGCACUGACCAACUAAUGAUGCUAUUGGAUUUCCUCAAAGAGCAUCCUGAUCUAGCUAAAGGCAAAGUGAGGCGGCAUCGAACCAAGUUCAGCCCUGUGAAAUUGUGGAAUUUAUGUGCGAAAAAACUCAACACGGUCAGAGACGGUGCCGUAAAGGACGGGAAAGGGUGGUCAAGGUAUUGGUGUGAUUGGAAGUACCGUGCCAAAAGAAGAGCAUUAGAGAUAAAAGCUGCCAAGAACAACCAAAAACCGUUGCCCGAAGAUUUCACUCAACUGUCUUCAACCGAAGAGACAAUUCUAAGUAUCAUCGGUCACAGCUGCAUUGAUGAUAUAUUCAUUAAAACUGAUCCACUUGCUCAAGAUAACAAUGUUGAUGCUGAUACUGAAAAUGAUGCCGAUAAUCAGUACCAAGUAACACCUCAAGAGACUCUAAAAUUGCAUAAACGGUAUUCGUCAAAAGAAGGUUCGGAUUUAGAUAGAAGCGGAUGUUCCAGUCCAAUUCAGAAAAAACGCAAUACUAGUAAUGCCCACAUUGAAGAUUCAGAAGUUGAAGACGAAGCUGCCGAAUUUUUACGCAUAGAAGUGGAUAAAUUGCAAACCGUAAAGAGGAUAGGCGAUUCAAUACAGACCAUUGCAACCGAAGUAACUAAACUCACAGAAGUGAUGGGGCACAUACGAGACCUUUUGAUGAAUAAUAGAAUGAGUAUUUAAUCCUUGUAAAUAAUUGUAUAUUUAAUCAAAGAUUUUGCAUUAAGAUUAAUUACAAAAAAUAAAAAUAGAACUAUUUUCUUUAUGUAACUGUUGGUGAUAUAAUACAAUAUAACGGGAUUUUUGUAAUUAACAUUAUUUCCAUUUCUCCAAUUUAGUUAUUAAGACUGGUAUUAUUUAAGUAUAUUAAAUUAAAUAGCAAGGUGCUUAUCUCCAAGCACUGAUAAAUUGAUAUUAAGAAACAAAGAAUUAGGGCAUCCAGUACAAUGAUCUAGAGAUUUCUUAAGAGACUUCAGACAAUAAAGUCAAUGAGUGAGAUA